AUGUCUCCAGCCAUGGUUCGGCAGCACUUGGACUACAGCUGUCAGGUAACGCAGAUGGGCAGCUGGCUGGCCGAAGCUGCUCCUGGAUUGAACCCCCAGGCCUCAUCUUUCCUGCCUCAGCAGAAGGCCGCCAAGGAGUGGCGUGCGCUGCUCCGCCGCCUUGCUGCCACCCCGCUUCCGGUGGGGCGGGAGGCGCUGCUGUGGGUGCGAAGGUUAGAAGAAACUGCAGCAGCAGCCAUACAGCUGCACUGGCGCUGUCAUGUGUGGACAAAGCUCCAAAAUCGACUGUCGACUACGCCAAAGGAUCAUGCGCUGACAGGAAUGAGCCCUUGGUUUGACGAGUGGCCCGAUGCGUGGAACUCCAGGGGCGUUCAAGGCAAGCGAAGAUCGCGGAGCCUUGGGACCCGCAGGCGGCAGAUGGCUGGCAGUGGUGAGGAUCUACCGCGCAGGCAGUUUCGAGAUGCGAAGGCGAAGGAGGUAACCACAUUUCCCUUGUUACGCUCGACGUUUCAUG